AACAUUCACUCCGCUUUCUUGCGUGCCUCUCCGGACGAUGCCUCACUGGAGGUCAUCUAACACCACCCAAUCCACUUCCUCUUCCCCCUGACGAACAUCGGCGCCAUGCGGUCCGUCUGCAUCUUCUCCGGCUCGUCGCACCCCCACCUGGUCGAGGCCAUCUGCGACCGACUCGGGCAGAAACCGUCCAAGGUCGACUUGAAGAAAUUCAGCAAUGGCGAGACAUCGGUCGAAAUCAAGACCUCGGUCCGCGACCAAGAUGUCUUCAUUGUGCAGAGCGGAAGCGGCGAAAUCAAUGACAACAUUAUGGAGAUGCUCAUCAUGAUCAAUGCCUGCAAGGGAGGCUCUGCGCGCUCCGUCACUGCUGUGAUGCCGUACUUCCCCUACUCGCGCCAGUCGAAGAAGAAGGCCCAUCGCGGCGCCAUCGCAGCUCGGAUGAUCGCCAACCUCAUGAACGUGGCCGGCGUAAACCACGUUAUCACCAUCGACCUUCACGCAACACAGAUGCAAGGCUUCUUCAAAUGCCCAAUCGACAACUUGACCGCCGAACCUCUCCUCACUCGAUGGAUACGCCUCAAUGUCAACGAUUGGGAGAACAGUGUUGUUGUAAGCAAGAACCCGGGAGGUACAAAACGAGUGACCAGCUUGGCCGACAGACUCGGCCUGAGCUUCGGCAUCGUGACUACAGAUCAGCGCAAACCGAAGAUGCCCGCCAGCAUGCUCAAUUCGGUCAUGCUUGAGAGUCUAGGUCUGGACGGAAGCUCAGAUCUGAGCCAGGAUCAUGAAGACAAGGGAAGCAGGGGUGUUUCUCACGAUGCUCACGCACCACGAGAGCACGACUGGGCGCGAAGACAACUAGGACAUCGUGCGAACGGCGAGCACCGAUCACAGCACCGUGCAGUCACUUCCAAUCCCCGUCACGCAAACGGCGACAUGGCACCCAGUCCACUGGGUCGGGCCACGGGACCUGAUCAGACAAACGGUGCUCACGAGAGUCCUGCAGAAGCGCUGCCUGAGCCGGGAGUCUCGCGCGCGCACACGGUACCCAGCAUCGCAUCUGCUCGUUUCGCCGAUGAGGACGGUUACGAAGAGCCCGAAGGAGACGACGACACCGAUGAACGAGCGAGGGAUGUCAUCACUGGGCGCCUCAUUCACGGCCACAUUGUCGAUGAUGAUGUACCCUCGCCAAGUGCAUCUCAAUAUUCGACACAACGUGGUCAACGGCGAUCAAGCGACGAGGAUGAGGCCACUCCCGACCAUAUGAUGCAGUCUUUCACGUCGGUAGCUUCCUCCCGAUGGGCUAGUGGCCAUCAUGGAACUGGCUUGGGUGGUACCGGCGACGCGACACACUCAGACGAGGAAGAAGAAGAGAAUCUCCAGAACCCGGAAAUCGAGACCCACGUCACGCUGGUUGGCAACGUCCGCGAAAAGGCUGUCAUCAUCGUGGACGACAUGAUUGACAAAGCUGGAUCCUGGAUCGCAGCAGCGGAGACUGUGGUCAAACGAGGCGGCGCGACAAAAGUGUACUGCAUGGCCACGCACGGCUUAUUCGGCGGCGAUGCUUUGCAACAAUUGGACGAAUGCGACGAGAUCGAGGCUGUCAUCGUCACGAACGCUUUCCCCAUUCCGGAUGCGAAACGCAAAGGUACCAGGAAGCUGAUUGUGCUCGACGUGAGCAAUCUGCUGUCUGAAGCCAUUCGUCGCAAUCAUCACGGCGAGAGCAUCAGCAGUCUCUACUAUCUCAUGGAUUGA